CGCCUCGUUGUGGCUCUAUGUGAAGUUUCCUUCGCUUAUCGGUGUUACGAAAUUUGAAAAUCGAACGCUUUUGUUUUUAAGUGGCAGUUUGUUUAUGGACGAAUUAUUUUGGGUUGUUUUUGAGAUAUUUUGGUUUGAAGAAGAAUGGAGCAAAUUACGAAAUAUUUGGUCAUCAUCGCGUCACUAAUGACCGUCAAGUUCACAGUGACGGGCAGUACGAAUGAAGACACACAGCCAAAAAUGGAAAGGCUGUAUUAUUCGCCGAUGUUUAUCAACGUUUGUGACAUCGUCGACCGGCGGUCCAAAGUGCAUUGCUAUUGUGACAGUAACAAACCAAAAAUGGCCACAAGAGCGGACUGCUGGGUAUUUAGCGGAGGUAUUACUGAGGAAGACCUCAUCUGGCCCAGUUUUUCAUCGCAGUCCGAAAUAGAACACCUGAUGUUCAAUGUCAGGUCAGACGACGCGCUAACAUUCAUACCAGCGAAAGCUAUAGUAAGACUAGACAAACUUAAACAUAUCUCUAUACAAUUUGGAACCAUCAAAAGGAUCCCACCUUACGCUUUCACAAAUUCUUCAACAGUCAGACAAAUCGUACUGAAAUCGAAUAAGAUUGCAACACUAGAGAAGCACUCAUUUUCACAGAUGAUGAUGCUAUCGAACUUAAGUUUGGACGAAAAUCAAAUUUCGGAAUUAAAGAGGGACGUGUUUAUUGGUUUACCUAACCUUCACGUUCUACACUUAUCGAAUAACAAUCUAAGUUUGAUACACGAAGGUUGUUUUAAACACUUGAAUAAUUUAAUAGAACUCAAUUUGGACUAUAAUUACAUAUCAGUAGUGACUAGGGAAAUGUUGGAGGGACUGGAGAACCUUUCUCGGUUAUAUUUGAGGAAUAAUAAACUGACGAUGGUUGGCAAUUUGGCUUUUAGUGAGCUGUGGGGCUUGAAGGAGCUCAUGUUAGACAACAAUGCCAUAGAGUAUAUAUCAGAAAGGGCUUUCGGUGGCCUCGCUCAGCUGAGAAAAUUGUCGUUGUCUGGUAAUAAACUAAAAACGUUCUACGAAGAUAUAUUGGAGGACAUAAGGAGCCUGGUCGUAUUAGACCUGAGGUACAAUAUGUUGGAAGUGAUUACGUACGAGACUGUACGUCCCGUGGUGGAGAAUGACAAAUCUGCUUCAACUGCAGUUUAUUUGGAAGGUAACCCACUCAGCUGUAAUUGUCGUCUCUCGUGGAUAUACGCGUUACGCAAUGAGACCAGAGACAACACGCUGAGGCAAGCCCUCGAGAAAGUAUCGUGUGUCACCGACCUCACCGCCGACCGACACUUGAACGACCAGGAAGAUAACGAAAAUGUCAAAGAUAAUGCCGUACCCGAAGACACUUAUGACUAUUACGAUAAAAACGACGACUACGCUGAGAAGAAAUUCACGAAAAAGGCUACAAAACUCACCGAUAUACCCUUAGAAACUCUCCCGUGCCCUAAGGAGCUCAGGCAAAAUGAGGAAUAUGGACACCCGGUUCAAAACGAGAUCAGGCUAAAAGCUUUUUCGCAUGCUGAUAAAAUAUCUCCGUAUUUAAUCUUAAUUAUAUUUAUGCUGUUGUGUUAAUUAUAAGUAUGAGACAAAGAUAUUUGUGAUAUUAGACGUUAAUUAGUGUAUUUCUCGUGUACAGAUAUAUAUUUGUUUCUGGAUGUAGAUGUCGUUGUCGCCUAUUUUGUGCGGUGGUUGGUAGAGCAAUCGUUUCGUUUAAUUAAUUCGUGUGAGCUGUUAUUUUGGAAAGCGUAUGCGCUAUGACAUAUCACUGGUACUUUUAAUCCAUUAACGUUAUUAACUGUUUAUGAAACGUUGACUGAAAAUAAAAAUCUGCAGUGGACAUAAACAUUAAUGACAUUGUAUAUAUGUAGUUCUAAACAAAAAAAAAAAUGGACUUUUUCGAUACUACCUAAACCACACAAUUAUUUGUAGUAGGUACUCCUGUCAAUAACAAUCAACCAGUAAUUGGACGACCACCGCACACUUUUAUAUUUCAAAAAUAAAUGUUCUAUUUUGUUCGAGUGUGUCAAGUUUCAUAAGGUGCACAGGCAAAAAAAUUCAUCUCGUUAAAGAAGACUCCUAAGGGAUUAACCCAAUGUGUGAUUCAGCUAUUCGGGCAAAAUUCCGAAUGCGAGCAUCGUAAGCCCGGACGCUUAAAAUUAUCUAGCUUUCGGGAAUUUUACCAGAGGUUUAUCUACUAGGUAUAUGUUUUAGAGCGAAAACGAAACUCGGCUUUUAAUAUAAGCCGGAUUGAUGUAAAUAGUUACACAGACUUAUUUUAUUGUUGAUCGAGUAUCAGGAACGCGGGAGAUUGAGUAAUGUUAAAUUGUUUUAGAUGAAAAUGUACUAUAUUCGUACGUAUUUCAUUCGCGCAAUUAGGGUAAAAUUAAUGUUCUAUAGUGAAGAAUGCACACGUAAAUACAUGCGGCUUUUCAUUUGUGAAUUAAACUUCAUAUAGGUGAUUAAUAAACGUGGAAUGUCACAAGUGUAUGUUAAUAUUUUACUAAAAGGACUAAAAUAUGAAUUAAUUUUGUUCGAUAUAGGUAAUGAAUAUUUGAACAUAGACUUGAACCUAUUUUCAAUCUAAUUCGGAAGGUUUUAAUAGAAGCCUUUUACAACUGUUCUCAUUACUCUCAUAAACUUAUUUGUUCCACUGUCUGACUGUAAAAUACUGAUAUGUUCAAGACGCCAUUGCAAGCUGUAACAUUUAACCGCAGGCCUGUAUAUUGUCUUCAUGUUCAUUCUUUUAUAAAAAUUAUAUUUAUCAUAAGUCUUAUGUACGUUUUCUCCAUAAACAAUAUUGCUACAGUUUCUCACAAAGUAAGUAAAUGUUUUGUUUUUGGAAUUAUCAUAAGUAAGUAUAAUUUUAAACACAAUUAUUAAGCAGAUUUGUGCGUGACUUAUUAGUUCCUUAUGAUACCUUAAAAAAUAAUACCUAUUUAUACCGCGCAUAAUAAUACUCAGAAUACAGCCAUCUAUUAUACUAAACACUAAUUGAAAAUCUGGCCAAUUGAAUGUACUAAAUAUAAAAUACAAUUAGGCCUAAAUGACCAUGAAACUUAGCAUUCAAGUCUAUCAAUCUUAAGCCUAUUCAAAUUAGUACUUCGUCUGUCCUUUCUAAACAAUGGACGUCACAUAGGCAGGGCUUUUAGCGAUAAGACCGCUAUUACUAUCCAUCGCUUAAAUUAUCUUAGUCUGUGUAGAAUCAACAAAGAAAUAUAUACUGCAGCUAACAAGACCGGUUUGUUUGAGCAGCUCAAGUUUAACAAAACAAAGACCGUCUGAACUGAAUCAAUUGGCUCAUGAGAUAAUUUUACAACAAAUGAAUGUUGUGUGAUGUUAGGUACUUGAAUGUUGAAUUUUUAAACUGAAUAGCUAUUUGGUUUGAAUAUUACCUCAUACUUUUGGAAACCUCCAGCUUAGCUUAAUGUACUCGUGCCUCGAGUGAAUUGCCAUCAGUUGUGUAAUGGCUGGCGAUAGAAUUAACAACUUCUCUAUUGCUAGUUCACCUCAGCCAUAGAACUAUCACAGUUUUAAUUUCAUAAUCCAAUGUGUAAAUUUACGUUAUCUAUUUUUUCGUCAUAUCUUUUUAAAAAACCUAUGUGUCUCGGCUUAGCUUACGUUCUGAUUCAAUCAAUCAGAAGGCGCGUUACACGUGGUCAAGACAAGACUUAUGCUUGAGUGAUUAUCGAUUUGGGAAGGCCGGUGCCUAGAAUUUGAACACAGAACUCAAUUUGAUCGGGACCCAUAUCUUCGUACCUAUUCCUCAGAACUAACACAUAGGGUGGUAGUACUAUAUUUAUGAAAUAUCUUUGUUCAGGUUUACUUUUUUCUACAAUUUAUUGUUUGAAGAUAUUUUCACUUUAAUUUUGAUCAUAUUUGAUACAAUUUUCGUGUUUUCAGGACACAGUUUUAAUGGAUACGUAAACACGAAGUAUUGGACCGAGAUUAUUUAUUAAAUCUUAUACCAAAACCUUCGCCUUUAACUUUAGAAAUAAUGCGAACCUAAAACUAUUGAUUUUGAAAAUCAGUCUAUAUAAACCUUACUGAAAUGUAUCAAGGGCACAUAAAAACAAAAUUAGUACGUAGCCUUUCAUGCCGUUGAUAGAGCAUAAUAGUCCAUUACUAGUGCAAGUAAUAAAGCAUCGUGUAAUUGCCACGUAUCAUGAAUAAAUAAUUAACAUCAAUUUCGUAUCAAUUUGAUAAUUGCAUAAUAAUUUGUUACGUUCCAAUUUCAGCGAUGGAAAAUUAUUUUCGGGAAGCACGUGUUUGAAAAGUUUUUGAAUUGUGUAGUGACGGAAAUUUAAACUUUAAAGAAUAAAUUGAUAAGGAAAGAUACUGAAUACAAGUAAUCACAAAGAUACAUAAAUAUUUACAAAACAAAAUACAGUAACAUUUCCUUCCCCAAAUGAUAUCAGCAACAAAAUUAUAAUUAUGCUUCUUGUACAAGCAUUUCGAGUCUAAUUUAAGUUUGAUCCCGCGUAACGAUACUACUGCCAUCUAUAUCAAGAUUAUAGCCCAUUUUAUCCUUUAAUUAUACAUGAGACCAAAGCCAGUGAAGCAAUUCCCGCGGAAUUUUAUUAAAUAUCCUGUUAGUAACGUGAACUGAUUUUUUAUUAUAACCUUCCAUGCCUGAACGCCUCAUAUUGUACUUGAAUAUUUUUUUGCCGGAAUGUAAGGCGUGUGAGUUUUUAAUAGUCAGGUAUUUUUGUUAAAUGCGGAAUAAAUAAUAAAUCUCUUAUCUGGCAACCAUGCUAUUACGUCUCUAUUAUGUAGCCAACAUCAGAGGAAUAAAAUGUCCAGUUGGUGAAAAAUCUGCCCAUAUUAUAGGACCGAGAAGACGCAAUUUGAUCUGGCGUUGUUAAGCUGACUUUUCAUUUAAUGCUAUCAGCAUUGUUGGCCAACUUUGCGGCUACCAAAUCGGAGUGGAUUGGAGAAGUUUUUAACAACCAAAAGUAUUUCUUUAUUCAAACAUCUCGUAUCUGCCUACUCAGAAGUUUCCCUGAGAGUAGUUCUUUUAGUUUUUUCAUGUAUUCUCUCUUUGGGCCUUACCGUAAAACUAGCCUAACGCUCCUAAGUGAUCCACUUAUGCUACAAA